GGCCAGCCCGCCAGCUUCUCAGUGUCAUGCAAUGCGCAUGGGUGAGUGCUGGGUUGCUCUGCAGCAGCUGCGGCUCGGGGACAGUACUCGAGAGUCAGGAGGGAGAGCUUGGCCAGCACAGCGCAGGGGAGCGCAGCUCAGCACCGUGUGCCCCAGGCUCCCUGGCUCGCUCCUCGCCUGGCACCUGCUGCCCCUCUGACAGCGGGGCUUCCCCUGGCCCCCCUGGCAACAGCUAGAAAUGAUCCUCCACUCUAGGAUUCAGUGCUGGCUACUUUUCUUAUUGUUUGACCAAGCAGGCUGCUGAGCUUCCUGUGGGGAUGCCCAGAAAUCAUCUGACAUCAGACUGUUUAGAAAUGGACAUGUCACCCAGCUACAGGCCCAGUGACUUAAGCAGAGAUGGGAGUCUGGACAGCAGACGGAGCAGUCCUCGGUCCAGAAGUUUUACCUCAGAUGAUGAAAGCCUAAAGCACCUUACCCAUGAAGAGAAGGACGUCAUCCUGUUUUUUGAAGAGACAAUUGAUUCCCUAGAAGAUGACUUGGAGGAAGAAGCCCUUUGUGAUAGUGGUAUCCACUGUCACUCUCCAAGGUCACUGGAAGAGAGUACUUCCAGUCACUCUGAGCCAGAAGAUAUCAUUGACUUGGUGAAGCCGAUACCUGAGGAUCAAGAAGGGAAAUGCCUUCGGCACAUGGCCCAAGUAGCAGAGUCAGAAAAUAUUAAGAAAGAAGAAGUACCCUCCCUAGAAAGCAAAAAGGAAACAGCUGACAGCAUUUCAUUGCCAGAUUCUACGGUUCCUGAAAGUACCCUUCCUCUGGCUCCACCCCUUCCUGCCUCGACCCCGCCUCUUCCUGCCUCAGCCCCUCCCCUGGAUGCCUCAGCCCCUCCCCCGCCUGCAUCAGCCCCGCCCCUCCCUGCCUCGCCCCCAAUGUCUCCCCAGAAGGAGUCAUCCUCUCCGCCGGCAGAGCACCCAAAACUCCUCCACUCUGUACCCACUCCACUCGUCAUUGCUCAGAGGAUCUCCGAGCGAUGGGCAGGAAAUGAGGGCCCGUCGCCUACAUCCACUUCGGUGGAGGGGAGGUUCAGUGGAUGGAAGACUAGGACCUUUGCCUCGCCGUCUUCUCAAAAUGGAGAACACUCCCCAUGGCACCGGCAUGCCCUGGCUUCCCAGACCGUCCCUAAGAUUCACCGCUUCCCCAGCAACAUCAGCGUAACUAACAGCGCCGGGAAGGAUUUCAACAAGACCAUCUCCAAAGCAGCGGUCAAUGUCCAAGAACGCAAGGCGCAGGUUCUAGCCAACAUCAAUGGGGUGGCCUUCCUUGGCCCAGGCGAAGCGGAAGACCGGUUACAGAGGAACGAGCUGACUGACCACAGAAGGAGUCUCCUCCCUGAGCAGGCUGCGUGUGACGCCCUGAGCAAGCUGAGCGUUGUAAAGGAAGCCCCGGACCCAGAAAAAGGACGACAGACGAGCAUCGACCAGUGUUCCAAGGCUGUGCAAACAGAACAAGCCACCACGCUACCCAACGGCUACCAGAGCAUCCACGAGGCUUUGAAGAGUGAGCCCAGCCCUUUCGUCUCUUCUGGCAAGACCAUAACCUUCCGCCCCGACUCGGCUCUUCCCAACAAGAUCACGCGGCAGAACGUGGCCAAGAGUUUGUAUGAACAUCGGCAGCCGGACAUUGGCCAAGAUGUCAGGAGACGGUCGGGCUCCCUCCCAAGAGCUGUAGGAUUCCGACCCCAAGGCAUCACCGUGCAGUUUGCUGGCCGCGGUUCCACGGAAGAAGCUCGGCGAGAGGCUCUGAGGAAGCUAGGGCUCCUAAAGGAAACUUUGUGAAGGAUGAUGCAGUGAGGGAUGCUGAAAGGGGAGAGGGAGGCACUUUUGGUUCUGAUGGGCUAGCCCAGUCUAGCAGAAUGGUUGUAAUACUCACAACAUUCCCCUCCCUCUUAAAGAGCCAGGGGGAGAAAAGAAAUGUUCGGAGAAACACAGAGCUGAUUUACCUCACUGAAGACUUAUAGGUAAAGGCCAAAACACCAUUCCCAAUUGCUGUGCCAUUUGUGGGGUUGGAGCUUCCAGGAAAGUUGGUUCUAACUGUCAUCAGGCUUUGACAUCCCUGUUCCACAAUCCCCCAUUUGAACUUUGGUCUCUACCAGUAGAAGAUAUGCAUCCUGCCACACUUCUAAGUCUUCCUUUUUCCACACACAGGCAAAAUCCAAGAAAUGGAGAGGGGGGAAGGAAGUAGAGAACAAACUAUAGACCUUUCAAACCCAUAGACUUCAUGGAUUGUAAAUGCCAUAACCUUUUUUUUUGGGGGGGGGGGGCGGUGUUUUUACUUGGCAUUCUUGAGCCACUUGCUUCCUGUCCUCUUAUAAUCAUCUUCUGUCCUGAAGUACCUGGCUUGAAAUAACCAGUUCCGACUAUGCCAUCUGUGUUUUUCUUCCAUCUUUUUUUUUUUUUAAGUAAGGCCUUCUGUUCAUAUUUCUUUCUGAUCGUUAUUGUGCCUGGUAUAUCUGUUUUGGAAGGGGAGGCUUGUUUUAGCACAAAACAUGUACUUAUUCUCCACCCCCUGCAAAUGAAUGUGCAAUCUGGGUUGCAUAAGAAUUUUUUUUUUAAAGAUUUAAGUGAAGGCUUUAUAGUUGUAUUACUAUAAUUUCAGUUUGAAGAGUAGAGAGGGAAUGGUGAGGACUUUGAUAAGGAUGGUGUUUUUUUAAGAAAACAAGACUUUUCAGACUGGGAAAACCCACACCCACAUACACAUUUGUAUGUGGCUUCAUAACAUUUGAUGAAGUGUCCAUUUUCUACAGGAUACAGCCUCUUCUUCCUAUAGUCUUGAUGCACUUUUAGCCAUCUUCUGUUGGGGAUAAAUGACACAGAAGAAACGCAAAGCUACUUGAAUGCAUAAUCAGUUUCUAAUCUCAAUAUGUCCCAUUCCUGUGAUAUUUCUUCAGAUCAAAAGUAGCUCUUCCCUUCAAACUCUUUUCUACUUCUCCCCAAUUAAAAUUCUCCCCUCCGCAAAGCCCUUCCCCCACUAAGGAAUCCAAAGAACUCAGGUGUUCUUUGACACAAAGACCACUGGCUGAUCGUAUUCCCAGAACAGUCUCUGAAUUUUGUAAGCAGUUACAUAACCAGAAGGGUGAGGAAAAGGAACUGACUCUCUCUCCCUGUCAUAUGUCUCAUAUGCCAAGUUGUAGCCAAGAACAAGUUUAUUAAUACUAUUCAAGGAUGGAAUUUUAAACCUUUAAAAAUAGAUUGGGAGGGGCUAGACUAGGAGACCCAGGCACAGACUUUUAUUAUUCUCUCUUAGCCAUCACGGUAGCACAGCAAUUUUUUUCCCUGUAAAUGUUGCUUAAAUUCAAACUUUUAAAUGUGCUGUGAAGGAAAUUUUCCAUAGUAUUCAACUUUGCCUCAUAAGUUAUAUAAAAAGAUUGUACUUAAAACCACCAGUAUUUAAUACCUCACCCCACCCAACCCCAUGAAUUAAUCUCAUUUGUUAUGGAAUCUGGAUACUAUUUAAAAUAAGCAUUUAAUUUUCACAGCCUUUUUAAUAGUUUAUUUUAAAGUUAACUUUGUUGGCAGCAAAUGUCUAAGUGAUUCGUCAGGGCCAUGUUUCUGUUAAUAGAAUGAGAUGCAUUCUGUUUAAUCAUUCAAAAGGAAGAAGUUGAAAAAUAUUCCAUCAGUUGGAUCCAAGGGUCUCGACAUUGCAGAAACUUUAAAAUAAUCUAUAUUUGUCACAUUACCUCUUGGUGAGGUUGCUUUGUCUUUGGUUGUUUUAAAUCUUUGUCAUCCAGUAAUUUCACCGAGUUUGAGAUGAGUUUUGCUAUUUUAGUAUAUUAAUCUUUAUGAUGUUUCUUUGAAAAAUAAACUUGGAGAUUUUCUUAAGUCCAAGAGGGUGUUUUUUUUUAAAUGGGGCUUUGAAAGUGCCUUGCACAUAGUAGGCACUCAAUAAAUGUUUAUUAAAGUUAAAGCCAAGUCAUUACACUGCUAUACACACACACACACACACAUAUACACACCCCACUAUGGUGAUCUGACCAUGUUCAAAAAUCUACUAGUUCAAACAAGAACCAGCUAAGUGAUACAUUGGAUAAAGGGUUGUGCCUGGAGUCAGGAGGACCUGGGUUCAAGUCUAGCCUCAGAUACUUAUACUGGCUGUAUAACCCUGGGCAAGUCACUUAACCUGACUGCCUCAGUUCAAACUAGAAGCCUCUGGUUGGUGCAAUAUAUAGAAAUCAGAGCUGAGUUCAAAUGUGACUUCAGACACAUAAUAGCUGUGACCUCUGUCUCAGGCUCUUCAUCUCCAAAAUGGGAAUAAUGCUAACACCUACUUCCCAGGGUUAUUAUGAGAUUAAAAUAUGACAGAAUUUGUAAAGCACUUUGAAAACUUUAAAAAUCCUACAUAAGUACUAGGUGUUUAUUUAAAUUAAAAUGGGAGUUCAUUCCAAAUUAAAAACACAUAAUGAAAAUGGGACACACUUAAAACAUCCAUUUUUCCUGAUCCAGCCUCAUCUUCCCUUUGAAAUAGUCCCUAAGAAAUAUCCCCCAUCUGAGCCCAUGUCUUUAAGCACUGAAAAUUUAGGAUAAAGUAUAGCUUUGAUUUUACCAGAGGGUCACGCCAUCCAGUGAGAGUCUUACAACCUAAUAAAGGCAGAAUGAUAAUAUUUAACACACACACACAUCCUUAUUUCUUCUCCUUUCCCCUUUAGCUACGUCUGCCCCAUGAGGAUGAACAAAUUUAUAUACACUCACUUCCUAUUACAGUAACAUUUUAGAAUAGAAGAAUUUGCUAGAAUAGAAGGAAUGUCAAUAGCUAACAGAGCCAGUUUGACUGGAUUGUAGAGUACUUGAAGAGGCUGAUGUAAAAUAAAUCUGGAAAGGUAGGUUAGGAACCAGACAAUAGGAAGCUUUCCAAGUUUGGGAUCCUUUUGCUCAGGGGCCUGCUUCUCUCUUUCAAUCUUCCUUGAAUCCAGUGAGAUGAGAGCAAGAAAGCAAAGGGCUUUGUGCCUAAACCUGGUUUUUGCUGCCUUCACCUAAAUCAGCUGACUUUUUUUUUUUCUUCAGUAGUAGACUGGUUGUGUGGGAUCCUUCAUUCUGGAAUGUCCUGACGGAAAGGUCUUUGGCUUAAGAUAUCCAAAUGAAAGGAGCUCCCAUGAAGAAUGUGGCUGCGCUUGAAUGAUGCUGCAUGGAACUUAAAACACUUGCAUUUUUUAAAAGAGAGCUCCGCCUUUUCCCAUGAUUUUAAAAAUAAAUUCCUUACGGGUGAAGCUCUUUGCUAAGAAGGCACAAAGGGGCUCAGUGUUAUACGGUGCCUAUUCUCAGUUUUAGGAUGGUUGGUGAGGAAGAACAGGGGAUAGGUGUGGGGGGUGGGGCAGGCCUAGGAGACAGCUCUGUGUAAUUUACCCUUGUCGACCUUGUCCUUCUCCUGCUAAUGUUUUCCUGGUAGAAGUAUGAUGUGUAUUAUUUAUAUAAUA